AUGUCGAAAUUAAUUGAUGAACUGGUCGCUCAUGGUUUUGAAAUAGUUCGUGAUGAUUCAGGACAGGAUCUUGUCAAGCUUGUUUUUAUGGAUGAAAAUGAUGAUGCUACUGGAUGUGCUUUAGUUACACCUGAGGAUGCCAAGAAGAUUUUGUCUGGUCAGGCAACGCUACAAAAUGCCAUAGAUGAAGAAGGCAAACAGGUUCUAACUCUUACUCCAGUAGCUGACGGUGACUUGGAAGUUGUUGAACAGUCCAAAGCAGAUGUGCCUAGCGAUCAACCAAUCUCAGCUGUUACUGAGGAACUGAAUGAUCCUGAUUGUCAUAAAUCAAAUAACGAGGAUGUCAUCAACAAAACCGAUCCCGAAGAUGUAAAAAUAAGUAAAUCACCUGUGUCUGGCCUUGGCGAUGUCGGUGGUGAUCCUUUAAUUAAUCCAAACGAGAUUGAUACAUCUGACGUUACUUCGUUGGUAGAAAAUGUCGAACAGUACACACUAAACGAACAGACAGCAGUAGUAGAUAACAAUCAGGUUCAAGUUGUGACAAUUAUGGAUUCCCGUGGACAAGUUUUGGACCAAAAGCAAGGACAAACAGGAGAACAAGUGAUACUAGAAAUGCAUGGACAGGCAUUUUCGUACGAGAUUCAGGGUCCUACACCAACUGGUGAAGUUAUAACUUCUACCCUGUUGAUUUCAACUAAUGAUCAAGAUAUCCAAGAUGUUUCAAAUAUUGCCGAUGGUGGUACACAGCAGAAUACUAAUAACCAAGCAAACUGGUCUGAGGGUAUUUCUAAUGGCGCUGAUCGAAACCAUGUUACUUCUGGUUUUGAUGAAAUAACUGAAACAAAUCCACCUGGUCAACAGUUUACUCUUACUGAAGCUACUACGUUAGUGGAUGGUGAGGCACUUCAGCUUGUUAUACUUUCUGAUGAAAAUGGAAAUAUACUUGAUCAAAAACAAGGUCAUACCGGUGAUCAUGUCAUUAUUGAAAUGAAUGGUAGCUCUUUAGAGUAUGUAUUUCUUGGACCGACUGAAACUGGUGAUCCAAUUUUGACUACUUUAGUGGUUACAACUGAAACAGAAAUGACGGAAAAUACUCAACAGAACUUCAAUGCUCCACAAGAAUCAUCAGGUGAUACAGAAGCUGGAUCAACUGUAGCCAAAUGGUGUCCACCAGGUUUACCAUCCGAAUUUUAUGCUAUCCUAAGAAAACAAGCAGAGGUCGUCGUUGCUACGCGUGUUCCACGCUUUUCUGAUAAUCCAUAUCGUCCUGAACCAUAUCAUCGGAAGCUUGGUCCUUAUAAUGCUUACGUAGAAAUGCUAGAAAUGGUCAAUUCAUACAGGGUUGGUGCUAGUCAAGGUGAAACCUUGGAACUUUAUGAAGCUUUAAGGAAUUAUGCUAAAAUUUAUCGUCCUUCUGGACCACAUUCUCGAGCGCUUACUAAGUAUGAGCUAGCUUUAAAUGAAGCUGCUGCUCAAAUUUGUCGAUUUCAACCUGGUUUACUUUUUCACAAACGAGAUUUAUAUCAUUUGGCUAAAGAAACUGUUGAACGUUCACAAACAUUAUUAAACACAGAAAGAAGACAACAAAAUCAACAGUUACAACAGCUACAACAACAACAACAACAACAGCAACAACAAACUCAAGUAAAACAAAGCAUGCCAACUCAACCAUCACGUCAAACAAAUCAAACCAAUUUACAAAAUCUAUCUAAACCAAAAGUUUCAUUGCCUACCACUCAACCUUCACGUACUACUACACCUCAAACUGUAGCAGUUGGUGGUCGUGUAGCUAGUUCUCAAUUAGCUAUGUUAGAAUCUCGUGGUCUUUCUGCUGCUAUUCAACAAUCAACUACAGCAAUUUCAACAACUAAUUCUACUCUACCGGUUAUUCAUGAAAAUUAUAAUUCAGAUAGUACAGUUUCAAGUGCAAAUCUUCAAAGUUCCGGAGUGAUGAAUGUAUUACAGUCGAAUAAAUCGCGAAUAAUACCACCAUCUAAUGAAAAUACGGUUCAAUACUUAUCUAGCCUUCCUAUUACUAAACGUGAUUCGGCAUAUAAACUAUUGCCAAACGAAGAGGAAGCUAUUCGUGCUGCCGCCAUUGAUGUUUUAUCAGAUAUGCCACAAUUGCAAAUUAAACAAAAAGCUGAUUGUACAAAUAUAGAACGUGCUUGUUGGGAUCAAGCUCGACAAUUAUCAGCACAAAAUUUAGGACUUUCUGAUUAUCAUACUGGUAAUUCAUCAGUUGAUCAUAUUAGUCAAAUUCAAUCACUUGUAUCCAACGAGUUACGAUUGGAUAGUGUUCGUGAAGCAGCUGCAUUGUAUGGACGUUUACCUGGAGGUAUCCAACCGCCAAGUGUAGCAGGAUUACCACGAUCUACACCUAUACCUGUACUAACUCCAUAUGAAGUUGCUUGUAAUGAAGCUGCUUCUUAUUUGGCUUCAGGUUUACCAAGUCUCCUUACUCAUCGACGAGAACUUGCUGAAUUAGCAAAGAAGGUGGUACGAAAUUCCGGAUGUUUAUUUACACAUACUCCGACAUCAGAUAAAUUACCGAUUGGUGGUGGUGGUUAUCGAUUUUAUUGCUCAGAUCAACUCCUUGAACUUGAUCUUUCAGCUGCAGAACAACUUUUAUCUAAUCCUCUUGAUGGUAGUGAUUCUCCAGAUUCUGGCUGUGAUGUAAGCCUGGAAGAAAGUGAUACAGAUGCUCUUUCAACUAAAUGUGAAUCACUUGUUCUAACUUGUCAAGAAUGCAAUAAUGUUGUUGAUGAUAUUACAAUAUUUAUUUCCACUGGAACUGAUUCAUUGAAAAAAGUUCGAAUAUUGAAUUUAAGUAAUUGUGGUUUCACUGGCAUAGUUCCUGCUCAUCUAAAUCAAUGUGUCAAUCUAGUUGAAUUGAAUCUUUCUGGCAAUGCAUUAUAUGCUUUCCCACAAUGUUUACAUUUGCCAAAAUUACGUCGAUUAAAUUUAAGUGGAAAUCCAAAUUUACUACGACCUACACAACGUGGUAUGCCAAUUGAACCACCACUUGUUGAACAAUUCCCAAGACUUGUCACGUUGGAUUUGGAUCCUGAACUAGCUGUUCUACUAUCUCCACAAUCAUUGGCCUAUUUAUGUCCAUAUUUGAAAACUAUAAACAGUAAAGAUUUUGUCGAUGAACCAAGUGAAGAGACUGUCAAUACAGCUCAAACUGCCAAAAAUAAUUUAUCAACUUUGAUCUAUUCAAAAUGGGAAGAUGAUAUUGCUGGAUUUUAUAAAAAAGGUUUACCAAAACGUGAUACAAUCUGUGUCAUCGAAACUCUUGUUUUACAUGCUGUCAAUCGAAGUUUAGAAAUACCUCAACCAUUUACUCAUUGUAAAAAUAUAUUGGCUCGUCGAAUUGCGGAAGAUUUUCUCGCGCCAAAAAUGUUAGACGAUGAUUGUGAAGAUGAAAUAUUGGAUAAUAAAUUUACACACACCACGUAUACUAGUGAUGAUGAAGGAGGUGCUGUCAGUGAUAGUGACUUAGAUACAGACGAGGAAGAAGAAGAAGUAGAUAAUGAUUCAUAUUGUAAAGAAAAUAGUAAAAAAUUAAACUCUUCUUGUUCAAUGUCCAAAGUUUCAAUACGUAAAAAACCAAAGAAAAUAAUCAUUUCAACUGAAACUUCUCAAGAAUCUGUUGCUGAACGUGAAGCUUUAGCUGCUGCGGCGAAUUUAACCUUAUUACCGGAUGAACCGCCUAAUCGACUUAUUAAUGUUGUUGGUCAAGCUUUACGUCAUGGAAAAACUGUUGUAUAUGAAGUAAUGCGAACUGCUGCUAGACAGCCAGAUGGUGAAUUAAUACCUGUUGGUGGCCUUGGUACAGCUACUACUACUACUACUACGACUAAUCUUCAAACUAGUGCACAAAUUGAUGGGACUUUAAAAAGUCAUCAUGAAGAUAUGGAUGAUGAAAGUGAUAUAGAGAAUACUUCUCUUCCUGAAUCUACUCCGAUUAAUCCUCCUGCAACAACUGUUAAAACUACUCCUGUCAUAACAAAAUUAUCAACAACUAAACAAUUAACCGGAACUCGAAGACCAGGUUUACUUAGUCGUGCUGCAAAUAGUAUUUCUAAUGAAAUCAAAGAUACACAUGGUUCUUCAGUAAUAUGCAAAACAUCAGUGACAAAUUCUCCAGGUGGUAUUCCUACAAUAACUCAACGUCGAUUGAAAGCUUCCGAUUAUAUUAUUAAACCAUCGACAAGUUCUUCCGGUACUGCUUAUAUAGUUGCAAAUGUACCCCCAGCACCAGCACCAGCACCACCAGCACCUACUCAAGCGAAACCGACCACUCCAAUCUCUGUCAACAAACGUAAUCGUCCUGCAGUUACUCCAAGUCCAGCUAAAAAACCAUCCAUAGCAGAUUUAGAGGCUGCAGAAACUGAAAAAUUAAUAAAGAAUGUGACUAUUCCUCCACCUCAUGCUCCUCCACCACCCACGAUGCGUAUGUCAACUCGUGAUUCUAAUCGGCAUAAACGAUUUAGUGCAUAUGGUGUGAUUGAUACUGCAGCAGCUUUAGCCGGUAAAGAAGAAGCUCUGCUAGCUGCUGUUUUAGCCCAAGAAGAUGAAGAAAUGGCGAGUCCAGAAGCUCUUCUAAAAGAUUCCUCUGUUGUUCUCUCUGAACAUGAUACUGCUGUGGCAGAAGCUGUCGCUGCUGUAGCAAAACAAACUGAAGUAAUAGAGAAAAAUACUAAACAGCCAAUUCCUCAACCAGUUGUAUCUUUGAAUUCAACUGAAAUUGACCAGAUAGCAGAAUCUCUUGUUUCCUCAAAAGACAAUGAAGAAGAGAGUACAAAGAAAAAACGUAAACGUCCCACUGGAUCACAAACUCCUCGUGUACAACAUACUGAACCUCCAGUGGUUGAUAACACACCUGAGACUCCAGCAACUGGUCAAACACUUACUCGUAAACGUACUGUAGUAACACCGAAACCUCAAGAACCGCAGCCUAAAAAGAAAUCGGUUCCUACUACACUGUCUCCACUCUCCUCAGUAUCUGUUAAUCUUACUCCAAUUGUUGAACCAACAAUAGAAACUAAACGAAGCCUCAGUCAACUUGGUGAAAUUGUUGACUAUGAUCCUUUGCAUUUUAUUCGAUGUCAUGCACGUGAUAAUGAUCCGUUGGAUUGUGAAACAAAAGUAUGGCGUUGUGCAUUCGAGCCAAGUGUGAAUAAUCCAACCAAUGAAACCUCAACAAUUGUAGCUACAUGUGGUGGUGAAUGUGUUUGUCUGAUUGAUUGUAAAUCUGGUCGUGUCAUGAAACGAUUUAAACAUUUCGGUGAAGAAUUUUACACAUUAGCUUGGACAACAGUUGAAAUGGCUGCAGGUCAUAAAACUAAUCUAUUAGCUGCUGCUGGUAAACUACGUGAAAUUCGUUUAUUACAUCCGGAACAAUUAGUAUGCUAUGCAGAAAUGCGUGGUCAUAAAGAUGAUGUUGCUUGUAUGAUAUUUCAUCCUGACAAGCCGACUAUUUUAUUCUCCGGUGAUUCUAAGUCUUGUAUUUUAGUAUGGGAUAUUGGUAUACCAUCUGCACCGGAAUAUAAAACACGUCAUCAAUUAUUAAUGCGUUUAGUAUGCCCUAGAGCUAAUUUAAAUCCUGUUUUAAAUCUUGUAUUUUUAAAAAAAUACGAUUCACUUGUUGCUGGUUGUGAAGAUGGAAUAUUUUCAUGGACAUUGAAAGAUUUUCGUAAAGAGAAACUGAGUGAUGAGAAAGAGGCUGAAAUCGAAUUAAAAGUUCCAACACGUCGUGAACCAUGUUUUGAUGGAUUAGCUCAAUUGUCCGAUGAUUUAAUUGUCACGAAAUGUGUUGAAGAAGGUGAAAUUUAUGUGAUUAAUUUUGGACAGGUUGUCAGUCGUCGUAAACGUGGUGUUGUAUCCAAUAGAAAAGUAAUCAAUGUUGAAAUACGUGGUCAAUUACGUUGGCAUACUACUGAAGAAAUUUAUAUUAAUGUUACAGCUAGACCUGGUUUAAAUGCUGUUAUAUGUGGGGAUAAUGAAGGUACUAUAUGGUUGUAUGAUCUACAAAAACAAGUUGCAGAAGAAUCGGAAAAUCGCAAAUUUAAAUCAAAACCCAUAAAGAUACUUGAAUGGCCCGAAUGUAGUAUCGGUGGAGCAAAAGAUGAAGAUAAUCAAAUUAAAGAAAGUAUUACAUCAGGAUUUAAAAAUCCCGUUGUCAAUACCACCGAUAUCAGUCAUGAUGGACAGUAUUUAGUUGCUGUGACAGAUAAUAAUUUAGUAUGCAUUUGGAAGUUUUCUGGUUAA